GGCAGCAUAACAUACGUGUAUAAGCUUUCUAAAAUAUCUGAAUGUGAAAAAUACUUUUUCUGCAAUUACACAUAAUGAAUGAAUAAGAUGACUCUUAAAAGUUCAGAUCACGUUGCAUAACCAAUGCCGUUAUCAAAUUUAAAAUUUACUUGUUUAAACCCGUAAGCAACAUGUCUUUGCAUAAAGUUUUUGUAUAUGGCACUUUGAAAAGUGGGGAGCCAAAUCAUCACUGGAUAACAGACACAAGUAAAGGAUUCUCCAGAUUUAUUGGAGUUGGCAAAACAAUGAAGAAGUAUCCUUUAAUCAUUGCUACAAAAUACAACAUUCCAUUCGUCUUAGAUGCCCCAGGCCAAGGACAUAAUGUAAUUGGGGAAGUAUAUGAAAUUGAUGAAGCCAUGUUACAGCAUCUGGACAUUUUGGAGGACCAUCCAUCAUUCUACAUUAGAGAAAUUGAGAGAAUUGAAUUAUGCACUGAAAAUGCAGAAGUAGAAUGUUGGAUAUACUUACUUAAGAAAUUCAAACCAGAAGUGUUGGAGAAGAAGCAGUUUGAAGUUUACAGUUCAUGUGGUUCCCAUGGACUAGUGUAUGCAGAGAGUGAUAAUGAAGCUACUUUGGAAGAUCUAUAACUCAUACAGACCCUCUGUAUGGAAACUAUAACCUCCAAAAUUACGUAUGUCCUUUUGCUUCAGGACUUGAAACAAUACUACCAAAAUGAGGGAUUGUUCAAAAUAGUCUAUAUCAGUCAUAAGUAUUGUUAACUGAAGUUUGGAACAUUUUAAUAUUUUUAACUUCCAUGAAAUUAGUAACCCUCUUAAAGAAAGCAGUGGUUCUCAAGAAUAAAUUUGGUGUCAUCACAUCCAUAAAAUAAAAUCUCUGGCAACAUUUCCUUUUAAAUAAUGCCUGUAGUAGAUAUAUUAAAAAAUAUACAACAUACAGAGAUUUUUAA